AUGCAUGCAACUCGACAUCAUACUCAUGAUUCUCAAUCAAAUAUAAGAAAUAAUAAUAAAAGUAGUUUGAUAUUCGAUCGAUCAGAUUCUUCUCAAUCGUUACCUUAUUAUCCAAAUUAUCAACCACCAACAUCAACUAUUUAUUCAAAUGAAAGAAGUAAUGUUGGACGACAACAAUCAUCAUCAGCAAAUAAUAACCUUGCUUCAACGAGUUUAACUCGUUAUCCAUCAACUAAUAGUCAUAUCCGAGGUAUGAGUAAUGGUCCCAGUGGUGGAGGUGGUAUUGAAAAAACGAAUAUGAUGUCAAGUGAAAAUCCAUUCUGUGAUCCAGCUCGUCCAUAUGAACAAUUGAAUUCACCACGUAAAAUAACAUCAAUAGUAUCUCCACCAAAAAGUAGUAGUGGUAUUAAUAAAACGUUAAAUCUUUCUGAUGAAAACCCAUUUCAUGCUGUCUAUGGUGUUUAUCGUUAUCCAUCACAAACUGAUCCAUCAAAAAGAAUAACAAAUCAAGCUACAAAUAUCCGUUCAACGGAUAAUAAAUCAUUAAAUUUAUCUGAUGAUAAUCCAUUUAAUUCGACAUAUGAACGUUAUCAUUAUCCAUCACAAGUUGAUACAAAAAAACGCAUUACUGAAACACCUAAAACGACGGUACCAUUAAUUCCAACAAGUGAUUUAUCUGAUAAUAAUCCAUUUAGUACUUAUCGCCCAUCAUUAAUCCGUGAAUAUUCAACAAAUGGUUUGGGAAAUCGAGUAAAUUCAGUAUCAACAUCAAUUGCUGAUUGGACACGAAAUAAUCCAGCACCACUUUCUUAUCGACCUAUUCAAGUACAUAGGCCACCAUCAAAUGUUUACAAUCAUAAUGAAACAUCAAAUAAAUCAUCCUAUAUUCCACCAAUAAGUCCACCUCGUCAACAACGACAACUAUCACCACCACCACCACCACCGCCAUCAUUGUCGACACGUACACAAUCUCUCACUCAAAAAGUAAUUUCAUCAGCUCCGUUAAGUAAAACAUCAUUAAAUAUGAGUCCUGAUAAUCCAUUUGCUCAAGCUUAUGGUCGAUAUUAUUAUCCAUCACCGGAAGAAAUUAAAGCACAAAAACGAACAAAUUAA